AUGAUUUUCCGAGACCCCAGGCUCAACACCUUCGACAGUCAGCACCCUGAUGGAGAUCUCCGUGCUCCUGUUUACAUGUAUGAACCUGUGCCCCUCUCUGCCAUCGAUACCGGAACUCCCUCAUCAGAUUCAUGGCAAAGCGACCUAUGCGACCUCCUUGCCUAUAACAGGGUCCCGCUCGACAAGUGUCUUGAGUUUCUUGAAUGCAUCGCGAUGUUAGCCUCGUGCACGGCCGAGCUUCGCGAGAGCAGAGGUCGGUUCACGGUGGAGGCCAACCUGGACCACAUCAUCACCGACGUUGUGCCAGCCACAAUCUCGAGGCUCCUCGAUCAUGCAAGAGAAGUUAAGGACUUGGCUGAUCUUGAGGCUGUCCACACUUGCCCGAUCUGCCUGGACGACAUGACCAGCGGCUGCAAGCUCAUCGAGACGCAUUGCAAGCACGUCUUCCACAUCCCGUGCAUUGUCAGGUGGUUCAAGAUGAGCCCCACUUGCCCGAUUUGUCGGUUUGGAUUAUUGGAGGACGGCAUGUGA